ACCAAAUCCAUCUUCCAUACAAUAUUGAAACCAUAAUCAUGACGGACACUUUCCAUGCUAUGCUAGUUCUAGUGGCUGUAUUGUUCUUUGGAGUUGCAGAGUUCUGUUCCGGUAGGAACAUGAGCUUCAGCUGCAUAGAGGGGGAGAGAGAAGCCCUCUUGAAGUUCAAACUUUGUUUCGAUGAUUUAUCUGAUAUGUUGUCUUCUUGGAAAGGCAAUGACUGUUGUGAAUGGAGAGGAGUAGGCUGUGACAAGAAUAGCCAUCAUGUUGUCACCCUUCAACUCAGGGGAUCAAUAUUUGAUGAACCUUCAUUGUACUUGAUUGACAAUGUUGAGGAGGUUGUUUCGAGUUUGCUUAAGCUGAAAUACUUGGAACACGUGGACUUGAGCGGAAACUACUUCAACGAAAGCCUUAUUCCACAGUCCUUUGGUUUAAUGAAGCAGUUGAGGUACCUAAACCUCUCUAAUGCUUAUUUUAAAGGAAGAAUUCCUGGUGAACUUGGAAAUCUUACGAGGCUUCAUGUUCUUGAUCUUGCUAACUAUUAUGAUGGAGAAUUGAAGGUUGAUGACGACAUUUGGUGGAUAUCUCGUCUCUCCUCUCUCCAACAACUUGAUAUGAGUGGAACAAAUCUAAGUCAUGUCUCAUCAAACUUGUUCCAGUACUUAGAUCUUUCAUGGAACUUUUUCCAAGGUCCAAUACCUAUAUUUUUCCAUAACAUGACUUCCUUGAUAUCUCUUUAUCUUGAUUACAAUCAAUUAAAUGGGAGCAUUCUAGAUAGCAUUGGACAACUUUCUAAGUUAGAGUUGAUCGAUCUUUCUAAUAGUCAAUUGAAUGGGAGUAUUCCAAAUAACAUCGAGCAACUUUCUAAGUUAGAGUGGAUAGAUCUUUCUCGUAAUCAAUUAAGUGGGAGUAUUCCAAAUAGCAUCAGGCAACUUUCUAAGUUAAGGGGCAUAGAUCUUUCUUUUAAUCAAUUGAUUGGGAGUAUUCCAGAUAGCAUUGGGCAGCUUUCUAAGUUAAGGAGCAUAGAUCUUUCUUUUAAUCAAUUGAUUGGGAGUAUUCCAGAUAGCAUUGGGCAGCUUUCUAAGUUAAGGAGCAUAGAUCUUUUUUACAAUCAAUUGAAUGGGAGUAUUCCAGAUAGCAUCGGACAACUUUCUAAGUUAAGGAGCAUAGAUCUUUCUGUCAAUCAAUUGAGUGGGAGUAUUCCAGAUAGCAUUGGACAACUUUCCAAGUUAAGGAGCAUAUAUCUUUCUACCAAUCAAUUGAAUGAGAGUAUUCCAGAUAGCAUUGGGCAACUUUCUAAUUUAAGGGUCAUAGAUCUUUCUAUUAAUCAAUUGAUUGGGAGUGUUCCAGAUAGCAUUGGGCAACUUUCUAAGUUAGAGAUAAUAUAUCUUUCUAGUAAUCAAUUUGGAACAGGAUUUCCUAAAUGGCUUCUAUUGCAAAUGACAACAAUCAUGCUUGAUCUCUCUAAUGCUAGCAUUUCAGGUCCUCUUCCAGAAAACAUCAAUCAUAUGAUGCCAAUGUUGAAGGGAUUAUAUCUUGCAAAUAACCUCAUGAACGGUUCAAUUCCAAAGUCUUUAUGCAAUUCAAAAUCUUUGAGAUUUCUUGAUCUCUCAAACAAUAUGUUUUCCGGAAGUAUUCCUAAUUGUUGGAGAAAUGAUCAAUCAAUCAAUUUUAUUGAUCUAUCUUCUAACAAUUUCUCGGGUUUAUUUCCAAGCACGAUAAGGCGGCUUUCUUCUUUAUUUGUCCUACACUUGAACAACAAUAGUCUUCAUGGGGAACUACAUAUGGCCUUGAAAAACUUCACUUCUUUAGUGGUUUUGGAUUUGGGUGAAAAUAAGUUUUCUGGAAAUUUAACAAGCAUUGUAAGGGGCAAGAUCGGCAACCACUCUUUAAAAAUUCUUCGACUACGAAAAAAUUUGGUUUCCAGUUAUAUUCCUUUGGAAUUGUGCUCUCUCUCUCAAUUGCAAAUUCUGGAUCUUGCAGAAAACAAUCUAACAGGAAGGAUUCCUCCUUGUUUUGGAAAGUUUCCAGUUAUGGUGAAUGCAACACAAUUGAUCAACAGCAUGAGUGAUAGUUAUUGGUCUUGGGCACAUUUGAUGGAGGUUGUGAAAGGGAGAUACCUUAAGUAUACAAGAAAAACCCUGGGACUUGAGAGUAGUAUAGAUCUUUCGAGUAACAAUCUAAUAGGAUACAUACCAGAAGAGCUAAUUUUCCUUAAAGAUUUGCACAAUUUGAAUCUGUCUUGGAAUCAUCUCUCAGGAAAGAUCCCUGAGAAAAUUGGACAAAUGGAGAAUUUGGAAUCUCUCGAUUUCUCUAAAAAUGAACUCUCAGGAACAAUCCCAAAGAGUAUGUCAGGUUUAACCAAGUUAAGCCACCUCAACUUGUCCUACAACAACUUGUUAGGGUCAAUUCCAACAGGCUAUCAGCUCCAAACACUUGAAGAUCCAACCAUUUACACUGGCAAUCCUCAACUUUGUGGAGCUCCACUCUUGAAGAGAUGCUCAAAUGGUUUGCUGCCUCCUCCAACUGACAACUUCAAGGACAACAAUAAAGAUACACUUAAAAAAAUGUGGUUUUACAUUGUUGUGUUGUCAGGCUUUGCAAUUGGAUUCUGGGGAGUUGUGGGAACUUUGAUUUUUGUGAAAAGGUGGAGAUAUGCUUAUUUUCAACGGGUGGAUGAUGUUAAACAUUGGAUCCUUGUGGUUAUAACAUUGACGGUGGUGCGAGUCAAGAAGAUGUUCAAUGGCAACCUAGAUGAUCAAUGAGUUAUAUAUGAAGUAUAUUGUUGUUGCUAUAUUUAUUAUUAAACUAGUUUGACAACCCUAUGUUGCAGGGCAUGGUGUUAGGUCCAACUUUGAAUGGCCAAACAUGGAACAGGCUAACUUUAAAUAAACACAUAAGUAUUAGGUUUUGUAAAGUUUUCAAUAAUAUAACACAGGUUGCAGU